GAUACAGGAGCUGAGAAUCUUAACCAAAUUUUAGCAUGUGUCUAUGUGCGGCUGAAAAAUCAUGUGGUUUGCGUCACUAAAAAAAAUGAUUUAGCGCAAGCCAGUGGUUUUAUAAAUGUUUUGACGUUGAAAGUAACUUUCGAAGCAGAAUGCAGCGGGUUCGAGGGAUCUCCCCUCGAUUAAUAUGCAGCACAAGGUGGCAGAUAUUUGGGCGACAUAAACCACAUCGGUUGUAUUCCUCGGCAUCAGCAUUGAAGGCUGCAGAAAGAUACCAGCCAGGCCAAAGAAUUCAUGGCUUUACCGUUGAAGAGGUCAUACCAGUGCCAGAGUUAUAUCUGACAGCAGUCACAUUGAGCCAUGACGUCACACGAGCUAAGCACCUGCACGUGGCAAGGCAGGACAGCAAUAAUGUCUUCAGCGUGGGAUUCCGGACUACACCCAUGGAUAGCACCGGAGUGCCUCAUAUUCUGGAGCACACUACGCUGUGCGGGUCCCAACGCUUCCCCUGCCGAGAUCCCUUCUUCAAGAUGUUAAAUAGGUCCCUAGCGACAUUCAUGAAUGCGUGGACAGCAAGUGACUACACCAUGUAUCCAUUCUCCAGUCAGAACCCCAAAGACUUCAGUAAUCUAUUGUCAGUCUACCUCGAUGCAGCUUUCUUUCCAAGACUCAGGGAACUAGACUUCAGACAAGAAGGCUGGAGACUUGAGAAUGAAGACAACAUAGAUCCAGACUCUCCCAUUAUCUUCAAAGGGGUGGUCUUCAAUGAAAUGAAAGGGGCAAUGACCAGCCCGGAGCAGAUUUUUGCCCUCCACUGUCAGAGAAACCUCCUCCCAAGUCACACUUACUCUCAUAACAGCGGAGGCGACCCGCUGCACAUCCCACGUCUGACCUGGGAACAGUUGAAAGACUUCCACGCCACUCACUACCAUCCCAGCAACUCCAGGUUUUUCACCUAUGGUGACCUGCCGUUGGAAGGUCACCUAGAGGUCAUCCAGCAGCAGGCGUUAGGAUCUUUCUCUCCAAUCACACCAGAGACAGAGGUACCCAACGAAGUACGCUGGACACAGCCAAGAGAGAAGCAUGUGCACUGUGCUCCUGAUGCGAUGGCAGCUGACCCAGAAAAACAAACUACAGUCAGCGUCAGCUUCCUUCUCAACAACCUGACAGACUCAUUUGAAGGAUUCACUAUGUCUAUCCUGUCUCAUCUUCUGGUGUCUGGUCCCACGUCUCCUUUCUACCAAGCACUGUUGCAGGCCAACAUUGGAUCCGACUACUCACCUGUACUGGGUUACGAUGGAAGUACCAAAGACGCCUCGUUCUCUGUCGGUCUUCAAGGUAUAAACGAGAAAGAUGUGGAGCAGGUUAAGAGCAUCAUUCACGAAACGUUAAAAAAGGUUGUCGAAACUGGAUUUGAGAAGGAGAGAAUCGAUGCAGUACUUCAUAAAAUUGAGAUAUCUCAGAAACACCAGUCGACAACUUUUGGCCUGCAACUUAUAGCCUCCCUGAUGCAGAGCUGGAAUCACGACGCCGACUUGGCCAACAUCCUGCGCGUCAACGAGAACGUGCAGCGCUUCCAGACGUGCCUGGCCGAGAAUCCCAGAUUCCUUCAGGAUAAGACGGAGGAGUACUUCCUGAGGAACAACCACCGACUGAGCUUAGUCAUGACCCCCAAGGAGGACUACAACGAGGAGUUAGACCAAGAGGAAAAGAGGCUCCUGGAGGGUAUGGUGUCAGGGUUGAGCCAAGCGGACCGAAAGGAUAUUUAUGUUAAGGGUCAAGAAUUAGCGGAGGAGCAAAACAAAGAAGACGACGUUGCGGUUUUACCUACACUGAAGGUGUCUGACAUUGAGCCGGAAUUGAAGAGAACAACACUAGAAUUCAAGCAGACUGAUGGAAUUCACGUCCAAUGUUGUGAGCAACCAACCAACGGUAUAACUUACUUCCGAGCUGUAUCGACCCUGCGAUCCAUCCCGGAGGAUCUCAUGCCUUAUAUUCCACUCUUCUGUGCUGUUAUAACAAAAAUGGGGGCAGCAGACAUGACGUUCAAUGAGUUUGCACAGAAGGAGGAGCUGAAGACCGGAGGCUUGAACAUCUCACACCAUGUCUGCCAGGAUCCUAAUGACAUGACAUCAAUAGAACAGGGAGUAAGCUUGACUUCAUUCAGUCUUGACAGAAACUUUGAAGACAUGUUCAACCUGUGGAGUGACAUCUUCAAUAGCCCCAACCUAAAUGAUAUGGACAGACUCACUACCCUGGUUCGCAUGAGGGCCUCGGAGCUGGCUAUGUCCAUACCGGAUAUGGGACAUGCCUAUGCCAUGAAGCACGCUGGUAGUACGCUCUCACCGGUUGGCAGAAUCCAGGAAAUAUGUGGUGGUAUGGCACAGGUGAGUUUCAUGAAGAGGAUAGCUGAGUCGUCGGACUUGACAGACACCAUGGAGAAACUGAGACAAGCCGCUGGGUUGAUUCUUAACAAAAACAACAUGAGGUGUGCAUUAAACUCUGGCCCAGAGUUCAUGGACAAGGCAUUGGGACACUUGCAACGUUUUCUUGGCACCCUGCCGGGGGCUGCGCAGGAGAAAGGGCUCCCUCUGUUGACCAAGAUUGAUGGCUUCAAUUCCAAGAGUCAAUGGACGCAUUUUGAGCUUCCUUUUCCCGUCAACUAUGUCAGCAGAGGAACACAGGCCGUACCGUACACUCACACAGAUUUUGCCAAAUUGAGAAUAUUGGCAAGGCUGAUGUCAGCGAAAUUCCUGCACAGGGAAAUCAGGGAGAAGGGUGGUGCCUACGGAAGCGGGGCAACCCUCGGAACUGAGGGUUCUUUCAAGUUCUUCUCAUACAGAGACCCCAAUUCCCUGCAGACGUUGGAGACCUUUGAUAAAGCAGUGGAGUGGGCCGUAGAAGCAUCCUACAGUCAGCAAGACAUCGAUGAAGCAAAGCUGUCUGUAUUCUCAGCUGUGGAUGCCCCCGUUGCCCCAUCAGAUAAAGGGAUGAGCCUGUUCACAUCUCACAUCUCAGAGGACAUGAAGCAGGAGCAGAGACAGAGGAUGUUCGCUGUCAGCAAAGAAGAUCUCCAGUUUGUUGCGCAGAGGUAUCUAGCUCUGGGAGCUCAGGUGGAUUCUGUCACCCUCCUCGGACCACAGAACACGGCCACCAAAUCCAGCAAGUGGAACAUCCUUCAAGACAGUAGCUUGUAGCACUACCAGAAGUCUUCAGGUCGACAGAAAUUAACCUUAACCUUCCCAAAUCCUCCAGAAUCCUCCUUGCAAAUUGGAGGAUUUUGCAGGAUUGAGGCUAUCUGGCAAAAGUGUGUGACUGAUUUUGGAGGAUGCACUGUGUCAAGUUAUGCUCAGCCGUGCAUACAUUUAGGCCUAAAUCCUCCGCACUGCUCCGGGAUGUCACUGGCUCUGCCUCAACAUAUUGACAGCGAUUGCUAAAGGAUUUUACAGGAUUGAGGCAGUGGCCACCCCUCCAAGGACCACGUUCUAGAAAUAACGGAGGAUUUGCAGGAUUGAGGCUGUAUGCAAUUUGUACAUGGAGGCAGUUGGUGGAAUUUGCAGGAUUGAGGUUUCAUGCCAGCAAAAAUGUCUGGGGAGUUAGGACUAAAAGGCAGGCAGCAGGCCUACCCAAGCAUGGAGCUUCUACCACAUGAUGUGGAUAAAUCAAUCAAAAAUUCCCCACCCAAUUCUAAAAAUGGACACAUUUUGUGAAUCCCACUUUAAUCUGGACAAUAAUCAUGAUUAUGUGCCACUUUUAAUUGUUGAGUAGUUCAGUAUAUUUUAUUAUUUUUUUCCCCAUUGUUAAUCCUCCCUCUCUGGCUGACAAAUUCAAUGCCAUCACAGCAGUCAAAAUCAACGAAGCGACUGCGCUCCCCCAUAAGCAUCCAUUGCAGGUUAUUUAUGCCAAAACCUUUCAACCAUUCAUAUUUCAAGAGACGUACAUAAUGUGGUGCAGAUGAGAACCGUUCGCUGAAUGUUUACACUACGUGAGCACAACUUUCAAUUUUGUGACGGUCGGUAUAAAUAAAUCGCGUACUUCAGCCUUAUCUGUUUGGGUUUUUUUCGAAAAAACCUAUCGAGUUCUCAUGACGGUAUAUGAAAACCAAGAUUGAUAAGAGGGGGGGGGGGGGGCAGCCAUUGGCUGAACCGCGAUCAUCAUACAUAAAUAACGAUCAGCCAGAAUUAACAAGCAGCUUGGUCAACUUUCACUGACAUGCAACAAAUAAAUAAACUAUUAUGUCUCGUAUAAUAAAAAAUGGGAUGGUAAAUGCGUCGAAUUAUCAUGGCCGCUAAUAAGGAUAUGCUUGGCUGGAGACCCGUCCUGCUACAUGUGCACCGUACGGGUCCGCAACAUUAACAGCUCCAGUCCUCGAAUGUUCGUCACGCAUUAAUUGUCGUGAUGAAUUAAUGAUCGGGAUAUAAAUCAGGGGGAAAAGGUUAAUUAGAAUUCAGAGUUACACGCCCCCUCACAUCUAACUGGGGAAUUAAAACUAAACACACUGAUUAAAUGGGACGCAAAGUAAUAUUUGUUUUCUUUGUGCUCCACGUGAC